GUCAAACUUGCGUGCGAGGGCAGUUACAUCACGAAGCCGGCUCGUUACUUCCGCCAGACGGUACGUGCGACGUAUGAGUCCAAAUACUAAAUACUCUUAAAACCUUUCUGGAUAAUUUCUUUACAUUUGAUUCAAACCGCGACACACUCCUUAAAACAGUCAGGAUGUCUGCCUAUGAUGAGAAUGAGUCCAAGUUAAUGCGAAAAGUAAAGGAGAAUCCAUUUGUCCCAGUCGGGAUUGCUGGAUUCUUUGCCAUUGUUGGGUACAGACUGAUGAAAAUGAAAAGUCGGGGAGACACAAAAAUGUCGGUGCACCUGAUCCACAUGCGUGUAGCUGCCCAAGGCUUUGUGGUUGGCGCCAUGACUGUCGGAGUCCUGUAUACAAUGUACAGAGAUUACUUCGCAAAACCCAUCGAACAACAGAAAUCAGAGCAAAACAAGUGAAAGAAGCCUCUUAUACUGUUGUUUUAUUUCCCUUAAUAUUAAGGUGUGUAGAGCAUUUAUUUUUACAGAUGUGUCAUAACUUUUGUAUGCACGCAUCCCUUCAGCAUGUCACCUAUACUAUAAAUAGCUACAAUUUAUUGAUUACACACGCUAUCCUCUAAAUAGUACACCAGAAAGUCGAGCUAUAACUUCUGUAUUGAGAAGGUGUAUUAAUCUCAGCUGUUUGAACACUGGUUACACUCUGUGUGUGCAGUUAUAAACCCAGCUGGUUUGAUAUCGUGUGGACAGGUGACAUUAGUGAGUACAGAGUUUUGAUGCCUUUUAUUUUCAAGAGUGACUGAGAUAUCAGAAAGUAGAACAUUUUGAAUAUAAUUUAUAGACAACCACGAAUGGCAAGUAGCCUGAUAUUUUUUCUCUUUGUCAAUACUUUAUUGUCUCAUAUCAGCUAUAUUUUAUGUCCUAAUUUAGGGAUGUUUUGCCAAAUAAAAAAUACUUGCACCUUA